ACGUUCCUUUUUCUGAGGCUGCUGCUUUCAUGUGUACCUCUGAAAUUCGAAUACACUUUUCCAUGGUGGAUAACAAAACACAGGACAUGUGGCAACAUGUUUUAAUUCUUUCGGUCUUUUAACAACAGCCGAACUUUAGAAGUGACAGGAAAGGCAAACAUGCAUACAUUAUAUAGGCUAAUAUAUAAUGAAAUCAUUACAUGAUCAAAAUGUUGCUGCACCUGGGUUACACGCGGAGAACGUGGCAUCCACAUUUCCGCGCCCCAAAGUCAGCUUGUAAACAGGUAGCAUCACAUUACAAGGGUUAUUCAAAUUUCCGACUGCCCCUGAAGACAGCGUAACUCCAUCAGGACCCUGUUGCCACUUCAACUGUAUUUGCGUUCCCCCCGGAGGUUGAAUCCUUUGCUAACCAACUUCAAGGCCAACAAAGAAAAGGUUAGACACCACAGUUUAAAAGGAAACGGCCAUGAAGUUGUCUAUGAUUCGUAGUGCUUGUGGCAGCCUUCGGAUACAUCCAGCCCGUCCAGGAAGCAGGGUCAGCGGCUUCUCGCGGAGAUGCCCAUCGGUGGGUCUAGCCAACAGCCGGUUGAUUCUCCGGGCAGCCAGCGCUACAAGCAGCGGCGGUACGAACCCAAAACUAGCCGUCAAUUUUGGGAAACAGUCCCGAAAGGAUGAUGGGUUUGAAUGCGACAGUUCUUUGAGCAAGGUGAUUCAGAGCACCAAGGAGGCAAUAGCGGCUCUGCAGAGAAGAAAUUCAACAGUCCAACCUUUGUUAGCCAUUAUACAGGCAGGUGAAGAUGACAGCUUUUUGGAGAUCAGUAAGAAAAUUGCAGGAAGGGUUGGCUUAAACAUCACACAGAUUUGUCUGGCAAAGGAGUGCAGUGAAGAUGACAUCAUAGAAGAGGUGUUGAAGCUCAAUGAAGACCCCAGGGUGCACGGAGUCCACCUUCACCUCCCCCCUGCGUCCCUCACCAGUCGAGUGUUGAACACGCUGAAACCUGAGAAGGAUGUAGAUGGGAUAUCUGAUUUGAAUAUGGGCCGCCUGGUGCGAGGAGACCUAAGUAAAGGCUUUGUGCCACCCAGAGCCAGCGCUGUCCUGGAUCUGCUGGAGAAACAUGAUGCUCCUUUGGAGGGGAAAACUGUGUUGCUGGUCGGAGGAGAAGGACCCUUUGGGGUGGCCCUGCAGUGCCUGAUAGAAAGAAGUGGACUGGUGGCUCUCAAGAGUCGUUGGAGCUCCAAGAGCCUGCAGAGUCAGGUGAAGCAGGCUGAUGCUGUGGUCCUAUUAGGAGCUGAGAAUAUGGAUUUCCCCCCCACCUGGGUUAGACCAGGGGCUGCUGUCAUCCGCUGUGAGCCCAACCUGGAGACAGAUGAACAUGCCAUUGAGAUGUCCUCAAAGUCUGGGUUAGGAUACCUCACAGCCGCUUACAGAACACAGAAUGUGGCGCGUAGUUGCGGUCGGUGGCUCCAGGAGCAGCAGUACCAACCCUGGCAUUUGCGCAGCCUCAAACUGCAGCCCCUGACCCCCGUACCAAGUGACAUAGCGAUUUCCAGAGCUCAGACGCCCAAGCCAGUGGACCAGCUGGCUGCGGAGAUUGGUUUGCUGCCAGAGGAGCUUGAAGCCUAUGGCAGGAGCAAAGCUAAGGUCCGACUCUCCCUGUUGGACCGCCUCCACAAACAGCCGGAUGGGAAAUAUGUACUAGUUGCUGGUAUAACUCCGACUCCACUGGGCGAAGGUAAAAGCACGGUGACCAUUGGCCUAGUUCAGGCCCUCACUGCCCACCUUAAGCUCAACUCCUUUGCCUGUCUCCGACAGCCUUCCCAGGGACCCACCUUUGGGGUUAAAGGGGGAGCUGCAGGAGGGGGAUAUGCCCAGGUCAUCCCCAUGGAGGAGUUCAACCUCCAUCUGACUGGUGACAUUCAUGCCAUCACAGCAGCCAACAACCUGGUGGCAGCAGCCAUCGAUGCCAGGAUGCUUCAUGAGGCGACGCAGUCAGACAAGGGCCUGUUCAAUAGACUGGUUCCUUCAGUGAACGGAAUCAGAAGAUUUUCACCCAUCCAAAUCUCCAGGCUACGUCGUCUAGGGAUCAAUAAAGUAGAUCCUGCAUCGCUCACACCGCAGGAAGUCGGCGCCUUUGUUCAUCUUGACCUUGACCCCUCGAAGAUCACCUGGCAGAGAGUUGUUGACACAAAUGACCGUUUCUUGAGGAAGAUCACAGUCGGACAAGCGAGCACUGAAAAGGGUCAGAUAAGAGAGACUGGGUUCGACAUUGCCGUGGCCAGCGAGAUCAUGGCCAUCCUGGCUCUGGCAGACAGCCUGGAGGACAUGAGAAACAGACUGGCGCGCAUGGUGGUGGGCACCAGUCGCUCCGGACAGCCCGUCACCGCAGAGGACCUGGGUGUGAGCGGAGCAUUGGCGGUGUUAAUGAAAGAUGCCAUCAAGCCCACAUUGAUGCAGACCCUCGAGGGUACGCCGGUGUUUGUCCAUGCUGGGCCCUUCGCCAACAUCGCCCAUGGCAACUCCUCCGUGCUGGCAGACAAGCUGGCUUUGAAGUUGGUCGGACGGGACGGCUUUGUGGUGACGGAAGCUGGUUUUGGAGCGGACAUUGGGAUGGAGAAGUUCUUCAACAUCAAAUGUCGGGCGUCAGGGCUGAGGCCGAAUGUGGUGGUGCUGGUUGCAACUGUCCGAGCGUUGAAGAUGCACGGCGGUGGACCAAAUGUGUCGGCUGGGGCACCUCUUCCCAGAGAGUACAUUGUUGAGGAUCUGAGUCUAGUUGCAGGUGGUUGUCAAAGCAAUCUCUGGAAGCAGAUCCAAAUUGCACACCUGUUUGGGGUACCAGUCGUGGUGGCACUCAAUGUCUUUAAGACAGACACCCAGGCAGAGAUUGAGCUCGUGUGUCAGAUAGCGAAAGAGUGCGGAGCGUCAGACGCUGUGCCGUGUCACCACUGGGCGCAGGGCGGCCGAGGCUCCUUAGAGUUGGCCCAAGCUGUGAAUGAGGCUGCCAGCAGACCCGCCAACUUCCAGUUCCUGUACAACAUCGAGAUGCCGAUUGUAGAGAAGAUCAGAACAAUCGCGCAAAAAGUAUAUGGAGCUGAUGACAUUGAGCUGUCUCCAGAGGCCACGGCCAAGAUAGAUUACUACAAUCAACAGGGCUAUGGUUCAUUGCCCAUCUGCAUGGCGAAGACUCACCUGUCCCUGUCCCAUAUGCCUGACAAGAAGGGUGUACCCACUGGAUUUGUUUUGCCCAUCAGAGAUGUUCGUGCUAGCAUUGGGGCCGGUUUCAUCUUCCCACUUGUGGGAGCGAUGAGCACCAUGCCUGGCCUGCCAACCCGCCCCUGUUUCUACGACAUUGACCUCGACCCGGUCACAGAGGAGAUCACUGGGCUCUUCUGAGCUUCAAUUAAAGAACACAGCAUCAACAAAAACAUAUGUCGUUGCUGCCAUCUGAAAGAGCAUCCAUUGUGUCAUUAUAAAUAUUUUACAAGCAGCCAUUGUCUCCGUAACUAGACUUUAUUUCGUCCCUGGAGUUUCUACUUUACAACCUCGUUCACUUAGUGCCGAGGCUCUAGUCUGUGAGGCUACACUCUACUCUCACUAAUACACACUUAAAAUCAUCAUCCGGGUUUUAUUUCCGGGAUCCCCAGAUCCAUGCGUGCCAUGUCGGACGCAUCCACGCACUACAUCUUUGACAGGAAAUGCUUUCUUACUCCCCAGCAGCCCAAACUCUCUCCAAAUCAUGGCAACAUGCUCUGAAAGUAAAGAUUCCAUGAAGCAUUAGCUUAACGCUGUAGUUGCACAUAUGUGUAAUAUGCCAAAGAGGACCAUAUCGUGUGUAUCACAUAUGCAGUAUGUUUAUGAUUUUUACCUCGGUGUGUUUUUUUUGAAAGGGUCCGUUUAAGUCUUAAAACCGUCUUAAAGUCUACUUUAAUCUUGUGUUUUCAUCAACUUCUAAUUUCCUUUUUUUGUGGAAAAUAAACAAUGUUAAUGUCUUUAUAUGGUACUGCUUUGGUAUACAUGUCAUAAGCUUUUCAAUGGAAAUAAGCAGAGCUUGUUUAUUCUUUUUGCUUUUAUACGCACAUAAAAGCCAUAAUGAUGUUUAUGUCACCUCUGUUUUCUUAACAUGCUGAAUAUCAAAACUGCUGCUGUUGUAAAAAAUUACUACAAGUUACACGAGUUAGAUUCAUUUUUUCCACUUUUGAGAUAUUGUAACAUUUUAUGUGUUGAGUAAAGCCUGAAAUUGUUUUUUGCAAAUGUGAUGUGUUAACAAUAGCAGUUUAUUAAAAAUAUGUCUCUUUCCGUGUGAAAUUGCACCUCUUAUGUUAUGCUUAAUUUACGUUUUUUUAUUAUCUUUAGUGGAGCUGGUCUUAAUUUCCGGCUUCCACCUCUUGACAUUUCAUAUUCCACGCUCAAGUUGUGGUUUGCAUGCAGACAGCUGAAUGUAGCUCUGGUCUUACGACUGACCACGUUGAACCUUGUUUUGAUUCAGAGAACAUUGUGCUCAACUGGAUGUUAAGCACAAUGUUCUGACCUAAAAUGGGAUGAUUAUAUGACCAAAUCACAAUGAAAUUACAGGUCUCACUGAAGCUAUUGUUGAAGUUGUAUUGUACAAAGUCUAAAGCACCAAUUUUCUCUGAAAACAAAUUCAGUGAUGUUCAAAUUUCCAACAGUAUUUCAAAUGUUUUGUUUCUCAGAGAUCAAAUGUGUGUUUUUCAAAUAACCCUCUUAUUUACUCCAAAAAAGGAAGUGUUGACUUGUGGCUCGGCCCAUCUGUUGUUUGGACACAUGCGCUUGUUGUCCUGCGGUUGUCCACAGAGAUCCUUCAAUACAAACCUCUUUUUAUUACAAUAAAAGACAACUCCCUCUAUCGCUCUCACUCUACUCGCAUUUCAAAGCUUUCAUUUGUUAAGUAUUUUCUUGUUUUCAUACCCAAAUACAGCCUCAUUCCUCGGGCGGUGUUGGAAGCCAAACUUCGGGGCCAGCAUCUGUUAUUACGAGGUGUUUCGGUUUGCAACAAGGAGCCAACAUGCAUGUGUGUACCUGUCAUAGCUGGCAGUCCACACCUGCUAAGUCUGUUAUUCUGUGUGUUCACCAGGCGGGAUCUGGCACUUUUAACUACAGUCG